CCUGGAGCGCGCUGGGAGUCCGCCGGUGCGCAGACCGUGCCCUGCCCCUCCGGGGGCGUCCUCCCCUGUCCCCGCGCGGCCGCCAGCGUCGCUCCCGCCGGCCAAGGCGGGAGCAGGGCCAGGAAAGCGGGCGCUUGGCCGUGCAGAGGCGAGGGGGCUCCAGAACGGGGUCCCUGCCGCUGACCCCGGGGCGGGAGGUCGGAGCCCGGGACGAGGGGCUGGGCGGGAGUAGACGGCGGCGGCGUCCUGGGGGACGGCCGGGCGCAGAGGGCGAGGCUGUUCCGACCAGGUGUGGGUGCCGUCGGGGACGCCGGGGUCCCCUCGGAGCCCCGGUCGCUUGGCUCGCGCAUUUCACCGGCUUCGCAGCGCCCUCCAGCCCCUCGAAGCAAGCACGGGAUUGGCCAGCGGCCUCGGCCAGAUGUCCCCCUCCUUCUGAGGCGAGGGGUGGCAGGAGGAGAGGCUGAGGGCGGCGGGAGCGGGGCGCGCCCUCCGCGACUGUCCGGUGCCUCCGGCGUUUCCAUCGCUGCGGAGUGGGCUUGGCGGCGCUGACUAGCCGGGAGGAGGGUCGGGCGCGGCGCGGCGGCUCAGCCCGUGCAGCCUCCAUGGGGCUGCUGACGGGGACCCGGGUGGGAGCCGGCCCGGGGCGCAGCCUCGCGCCCCUCGCUCCUCGCCGGCUGGGCGCGGGGGCAGGCGAUGUGGAGACGUGAGGGGACCCGCGGUGCCCCGGCUUCUCCCGGACUCCAGCCGGCGCGGGAGCGACCCAGGCGGGCUCGGCGGUGGGCGGGCGACGAGGAGCCGGAACCCCUGCCUCGCCAUGGGGCACAACGGCAGCUGGGUCUCCCGGAUCGCCAGCGAGCCGCGCAACGCGUCGGGCGCCGAGGCUGCGGGCGCCAACCGCAGCGCGCUCGGGGAGUCCGGCGAGGCGCAGCUGUACCGCCAGUUCACCACCGCCGUGCAGGUCGUCAUCUUCGUAGGCUCGCUGCUCGGUUCAUUAAAAACCUGGCCUGCUCCGGGAUUUGUGCCAGCCUGGUCUGCGUGCCCUUUGACAUCAUCCUCAGCACCAGUCCUCACUGUUGCUGGUGGAUCUACACCAUGCUCUUCUGCAAGGUUGUCAAAUUUCUGCACAAAGUCUUCUGCUCUGUGACGAUCCUCAGCUUCCCUGCCAUUGCCUUGGACAGGUAUUACUCCGUCCUUUAUCCAUUGGAGAGAAAAAUAUCUGAUGCCAGGUCCCGUGAACUGGUGAUGUACAUCUGGGCCCAUGCAGUGGUGGCCAGCAUUCCUGUGUUUGCAGUGACGGAUGUGGCUGACAUCUAUGCCAUGUCCACCUGCACCGAAGUCUGGAGCAAGUCGUUGGGCCACCUGCUAUAUGUUCUGAUCUACAACAUCACUACAGUCAUCGUGCCUGUGGCUGUGGUCUUCCUCUUCUUGAUACUGAUCCGACGGGCCCUGAGUGCUAGUCAGAAGAAGAAGGUCAUCAUAGCAGCACUUCGGACCCCCCAGAAUACCAUCUCUAUCCCCUAUGCCUCCCAGCGGGAGGCAGAGCUGCAUGCCACCCUGCUCUCCAUGGUGAUGGUCUUCAUCUUAUGUAGUGUGCCCUAUGCCACCCUGGUUGUCUAUCAGACAGUGCUCAACGUCCCUGACACAUCUGUCUUCCUGCUGCUCACUGCCAUUUGGCUGCCCAAGGUCUCCCUGUUGGCGAAUCCUGUGCUCUUUCUGACUGUGAACAAGUCUGUCCGCAAAUGCUUGGUAGGGACAUUGGUACAACUGCACCACCGGUACAGUCGCCGUAAUGUAGUUAGUGCAGGGAGUGGGGUGGCUGAGGCCAGCCUGGAGCCCAGCAUGCGCUCGGGCAGCCAGCUCCUGGAGAUGUUCCACAUUGGUCAGCAGCAGAUCUUUAAGCCCACAGAGGAUGAGGAAGAGAGUGAAGCCAAGUACACUGGCUCAGCUGACCUCCAGGCCAAGGAGAUACUUGGUACCUGCCCAGAGGGAGGGCAGGGGCCACAGUUUGCACCUCCCACACCACUCCUAGGCACAGUAGACUCUCUAUCCCAGGUGGUACCAACAGCCCCUGUGGAACCUGAAUCAUUGCCUGACAAGUAUUCCCUGCAGUUUGGCUUUGGGCCUUUUGAGUUGCCUCCUCAGUGGCUCUCAGAGACCCGAAACAGCAAGAAGCGGCUGCUUCCUCCCUUGGGUAACACCCCAGAGGAGCUUAUUCAGACAAAGAUGCCCAAGGUAGGCAGGGUGGAGCGGAAGAUGAGCAGAAACAAUAAAGUGAGCAUUUUUCCAAAGGUGGAUUCCUAGUAAGGAUUGUAAAUCCCUGGAAGCAACAGGGAGCUCCCACGCUCCUGCCUUCCCUUCCCUCUGGCUGGCCCUAGGAUUUAUGUGAUCUUAUUGCAACUGAGUAUGGGUUGACUCCUCCUGUGUGGGCCUGAUGCUUUUUGAAUGAGAGGGAAAUCUAUGUAAGAUCAAGUGUCCUCUUUAUUGAGGGAGUAUAUAUAUAUAUUUAUCUCAGUGAUCUGUGUCCUUAGUAAAGUUUGCAUUCCUCUCUGUGGAGACAAAAGCUGGGCGUGUGGAACAGGUCUUGGAAUGGGUACUCCAUAGGCAUUUUCUGAGGACUCUUUGGUUCCUGGGCCCAGCAGAGAGUACAGGGAGAGAAGAAUGUCUCUGAGCUCAAAGGGAGUGCGGGCACUCUAAGGGAAGCCCAAGAUAAUUAUGGAGUGGUGUGGCCACAAAGAAAAUAAUGCCUGUUCGAUUGACUCAAAUAUGACAAAUAUUAAAAAUGUUUAGUAUUGAUCUGUAUAUUCAGGGAAGAUAGGGACUUGGCAUUUGACACCUUUUCUCUGGGAGGCCUGAUUGUAUGACUCAGUUUCUCCUGAAGUCCUUCAUCUCUUUCACUGGGAUAUAGAUAAAGAAUGGCGAUUCCACCCCCAUUUGACAGACAAGGCAAAAGAUGUGCCACGGGGUAAGGGAGGAGAGAUAAUCCUGACAUUCUCUGGAUUAUCCUGACAUUCUCCUGGCAUCACUAAAGCCUCAGGAACCUGUGUCUGCAGUGUUGGUUGGGAAACACUACAAGUGCUUUACUAUGUCUUUCCCCCUUAAAUUGCAUAUUUUCAACUAAUGAGAGAGAGAAGGUAAGAGGUAGAGAAGAAGGAAAUGUCCAAACCCUGUAGUCUCUUCUCUUCAACAUUGAUUUCAUGUGAAAGGGGCUAUAUCAAAUCAGUAGGAGUGAAGUAUAUUGAAAAAAGUAUCUUGUGCAAAUUUUUGGAAUUAAAAGGUAAUUUAAAAAUGCAGAGUUAGUGUAAACUAGGCCCUCUGGAAACAUCGAGCUAAAAAUACUUCAUUAGGAAAGGUGCUUCUGCCCAAAGGAGGGAAAGAUGCCUUCCUUCCGUAGAGGACUCCAGAGCGGGGUGUGGCCAGUCUCAUUUUCAGUCUCUUUUUGGACACAAAGGAGGAACAGGACAGGGAGAAAGAUGUAACCAGUUUAAAAUGCCAAGGCAGGACCCAGCCCCAGUGAGCCCUUCACUUCCUCUCUUCUGGUAAAGUUUUAGCAGGAGUCAGAAUGGAAGAGGGAGGAAGACUGUGUUCUUAACAGAUUAGCCUCCUGGGUGUGUGUGGGGGGGGGGUGCUCUCACAGGCAAUUCAAGUCCACUUUAGGGAGGAUGCCACCAGGCUAAAUUCAAACCGUUGAUGACACUUCACUUUUAAUGACAGCAAAUCAAGUGUCAGCUCCACUCUUCUAUCUGGGACAUGUUGUACUUGUUAAUAGUAUGUUGGUGGCAGAGGUGGCAAUCCAGUGCCCUGAGCGAGCUUGAAUGAAAGUGGGAGUUCUCACCGGCAAACUUCCUUCCGCAUCCCAGGGGCAGUGGUCCUCAUGGAUCACUUCCUUGUCCUUUGGAGGAAGCUCAGACUAUGUGUAGGGAGUUUCCUUUUGCUCUUCUCUCCUGGGUGUGGUGUCUUGUGAUUCCAGAAUAUGAGCCCAAGGUCCCUUUCCUGGAAGAGGGAAAGCCUUCCUCUUCGUGUUGUGUCUCCUUGGCAGAAUUGUGUGCUCUCGGCACACACAGGGGCCUGCCACCGCCUCUCUCCUGGCCUCCCAGGCCUUCUGUGCAUGCCAUCUGUAGCACCAUGCCCCCUGAUAGUUAACUGUGGCCCUUCAAGCUUAUCUUUCAAAACCUUCACAAUUGUUACAACUUUCCUCCAGGGGAAACAUCAUCUGUCAGAAAACUGUGUCCACUCUAGAAGAAUCUGUCAAAUGUAGCCACUUAGGUGUUGUUCUGAUAAUAUCUAUGUACAUCUUAAUACAUUCUGGUGAGGCGGAAUUUGGUAGUUAUUUCUUAUGUAUGUUUGAAGCAGAUGGUUGACUUCUAACAGGUCAUUGCCAGGUGUAUUUCUAUAGUCUUUGAAGAAUUCCAUUUUAAUAAAAAACUGAAAAGCCGUUUCCAAACGCAAAAAAGGUUGCAUGAGCUAUGGGUUUUUUUGUUGUUGUUGUUUCUUCUGUUCCCUCUCGAGUGAGCAUAUUCCUGUAAAUGCUGAAUGUUGAUUUAAUCAAAAUCAUAGCAAUAUCAGGAAGGUAGAGGAGAAGUAGGGGGAUGAUUGUGCAGGAGAGCAUCUACCCUGACAGGAUGCAAUGCAAUGCAAUGAUGUCCAGAAUGGAUGAUGCAAAACAGAAUACACAUAUUUUGGAAUAUGGA